CAAAGAUCUGUCACAUGAUGGGAGGGAGUUGGAGCAGUCAGAUUUCAGCAUCGCCAGGGAGAGUAGUUGAAGGUGCUGGGCGACAGUUAAACUUGGGCAAUUGUUGGAGUGAGAGGGACGGGGGUCAGAGUGGCUUUCGGGAGCUUGAGACCAGAGGAAGAAAGCGAGGGUUGGAGGGCCAUAUCCCCUCUCGUUCAGUCCGGGGAUGGACACAGAGGAGUGCAAGCUGAGCGUGUGGCUCUGUCAGGAGGAGAAGGUCAUUUCGGGGUUGUCCAGGCGGACCACUUGCGCCGAUGUCAUCUUUGCCUUGCUGGAGGAGAGCAGGAUGAAUGGGGCGGGCAGCAAGUUCCUGUCUGGACCCGCGGACUCCUACUGCCUGGUGGAGAAGUGGAGGGGCUUCGAGAGGACGCUGCCCAACAAGACCAAGAUCCUGCGGCUCUGGAGCGCCUGGGGAGAGGAGCAGGAGAAAGUCACCUUCAUGCUGGUCAAGAGCCAGGCAUCCCUGCCCAACAACGGGCCGAGGAGCGCGGAAGCCAAGGUGGUGCUGAGCAAAGAGAGCCCUUGUAACCUGAGGGGCACGGCCAGGGUUACCUUGGCACUGCCCCAGGACAAGCAGAGGAGGGUGGUCCGCAAAGCCUUCAGGAAACUGGCCAAGAUCAACCGGUCCAAGAGGCAGGAGAGCUGCGGCAAAGAGGCUUCUUGUGUGGAGAGGAUGGAGACCCUGGUCCACCUGGUCCUGUCUCAGGAUCACACCAUCCGGCAGCAGAUUCAAAGGAUCAGGGAGCUGGACAGGGAGAUCGACAGGUAUGAGGCCAAGAUCCACUUUGAUCGGAUGAAGAGGCACGGGGUUAACUAUGUGCAGGACACCUACCUGAUGGACAGAGCUCCGGAGAGCGAGCCAAGGCACCUCGGGCAAGAGCUGGAGGAGUACACCACACACUGCGAGCAGCUCCUGCACCUCCAGGAGGAGCUCCUUCAUCAAGAAGAACAAAUGGAGUUGGUCACUCUGGAAAUCCAGGAGGAGCUCAAUCAAAGGUGGAUGAAGAGGCGGCAAGGGGAGGUGGACAGCAGAGAAAGCCGGUCCUCACCGCCCCCAGAGGCAGCGAGCAGGGCUGAAGAGGAGUCCCUAGUGGAGCAGGAGAGGGUGCGGACCCAGCUCAGCGCCAGCCUCUACAUUGGGCUGAGGUUAAACACCGACCUGGAGGUGGCCAAGAACGACCUGGCUUACACCCAGAGGUUGUGCGAGCAGAAACAGAGCGAGCUGGACAGUCUGAUGGAGAAAGUGAACUUGCUGAAUCUGGAUGAGGGGCAGCCGGUGGAGGAAGAGGAGGCGAGGACAUGUGUUCAGACCAGCGUACCCGAGCACAGGGACUCCGCGGAAAGCAGCAGUGCUUGGGUUGAGUCAAGAGCCCUGUCCACAAGCUGUCCCGUCACCGAUGAGGAUUCCGACACUGGCCUCAGUUCCAUGAACAGCCAGGAUUCCGACACGAUUCCAGUCUCCGAGUCUCUGGUAUAGCGGUUUUGAAAACGGCUUCAAAAAAUAGUGUAUUACACAGCACGAGCCGCAAACUGUCUCAGGGAACCAACUAUAAAAAAUACGAGUUAUUAAAUGAAAAUUGAUCUAUACUACUUUCAAGAUGGGAGGAUAAAUUACAAAUAAUAUUUACUCCCUUAAUAAACAGGACGGCGCUGUAAUGGAACAAACUGCAAUAAAAUAAUCCUUUUCCUCUGUAAACAAUUGCAGCUUGUUGUUGGCCAGGUGUUGUUAUGGCGGAGUAUUUCGUUUUGUUUACCUUGGGUUAUCUACCUUUGCCACAAGUUGGCUCUAAUAUGUCUUGAGAUCCGAGUUUCCUUCACAGGCAAUGAGAUUGACUACACGUUUUUCUUCCGUUAAGGACAUUUGUAAAAUGCUGAAUUCUAUCUCUCACACGCUGUUGUAAUGUAGGAUUCAGGAUGGUUUUCCAAUUCAUGGUGGUUUCUGAGGGUCCCAUCAUUAAGUGUGCCAGUUACUGUUUUGAUGAGGGAGUGAGUGUAAACAGAGUGGGAGCAGAUCCUGACUCCUCACGGGACUGCAGAUUCCAUGGUGAUCCCUUAACAGCUAAGGGUUUGCAAUCCCCAAACCAUGGUUUGGUCGUAGUAUAAAUCCAUAUUAUAGAAAGGAUAUAGAGGCACGAGCAGAAUAGAUUAAGAACUCAGCGGUUGUAGUAAUCAAGAAAGAAUAAACAGGCUGAGGCUCUUUUCUCUAUAACAGACUGAGGGGUGACCUGAAAUUCUUUAUAAUUAUAAUAGAUAAGACUGAGGAACAAUGUUUCCAUUUGUGGAGAAAUCAAAAGUAGGGAGAGAUCAAUAUAAGAUCCCCAGUAGGGAAUUCAGGAGAAACUUCUUUGCCCAGAGAGUGGUGAGAAUGUGGAACUCACUACUACGGGGAGUAGUUAAUGUGAUAACAUAGAUACAUUUAAGGGGAAAUUAGCUAAACACAUGAGGGAGAAUGAAAUAGAAUGUUUUGAUGGAGUGCAAUUAAGAGGAAGAGGCUUCUGUGCCUCUGAAGCACCAGUUGGGCUGAAUGGCCUGUUUGUGCUGUGCGUUUUAUGUCAACACGGUUUCCAGUCCCACAAUCAAUUCCACAAGGUGUUGACUCUGCUUGCUGUGAAUGUACUGGAUAUGCAGAAUAGAUAGAAUGCAUUCGAUGAUAAUUAAACAUUACCUUUUCUGUGUUAAAUAGUUUGUGAAUGCUUCUCUAAUUAAACCUCUUCUGUGGGGGGUUGCAAUUGAGCUAAUAAUUUGUACAGUACACUGGAAAUACAUAAGCCUCCAAAGUGUUGUGUAUGUUUAG